AUGGAUGUCGGUGGACGGCCGAGCGUCGACUUCCAGUCCAAGCUUCACUCCAGGCUGCAGUUUGAUCAGCACGCUUUCGAGAUAGAAACAGAAGGACUGUGUCAGGCUCUCAGGACCCCUUCGCCGCGUAAGAUUCUCAUCUGCGAAGACCUUCAACCGGCGGGCGCACAGUAUCUAGGCGCAUUUCUUUCCCUUCAACCAUUCGUGCUCGAAUACUAUAUCAACCGAGAUGUGUCCUUCGAGUCGCAAACAGUGCAGGCGCACGUCUUCGAUUACCCGGAGACGUACCACAGCGGGAAACUGCCCCGAGUCGAGAGUGAACAGGACUUCCUAAGGCUGCCGGAUCACGCCAGGCCUUGCACUCUGCUGAGGAUGUGGAGAGAUGUGUACGCUUUAUUCCAACGGGUUGUGUGGGUUGUUGUCUUCAACAAAGAGUCGAAUACAUACGUACAUCUUAUUCUCCUGGACUCACUACGAUCACCGAAGGAUAGAUCGACAUUCCAGGUAGUCUCCAGUCUGCCGAGCUUUGAAAGUUGGAAAGUCCAUGGUGACUGGCCAGCGGAGGCACUACCACAGAAGACCUUCCGCAACCAGCUCGAAAAGGCGCUUCUGGGCUCGAGGGUCGCGAAUCAAGCGAACAUUGGUCCAGACAAUCCCGAACUGGAAAUCAACGCGACGCCAGAGAUCCGGCAGGCGAUCACAAGCUUGCUGUGCGCGAAAUGGAGGCUGAUGAUUCGUCGGGCUCAAGAGAGCAUCUCAGAGUCGCACGCUCCCUUGGCUGGAGACCUUGACGACAUUACGGAGGUCUUACAACGUAAGCACGACUUCGAGAAGCUCAAGCGGACUCUCUCGGCGCUGAUCGCGUCCGUUAAGCGGAUCCCUGGCGUGCAGCAAUCCUCGCCAGACCUCGUCGAGUUGAUGUCGUUCGAAUCCAGCUUGGAGAGCUGGGCAAUGCAGCUUGAGAAGGUGUCGCAAUCGCUGCUUGGCCUCCUGGCCGUGUCGGAAAGCAAACGAGCCACCCAACAGGCGGUUCGUUCAAAGAAUCUUCAAUUGCUCGCGUUCAUCUUCAUACCGAUCUCCACCGUCUCCUCGAUCUACGGGAUGAACACGGUCGAGAUUCUGGGGAGGCCGCCGCAGAAUUGGAACUUCAUCGUCGGCGCCUUUAUUGCCAUUGCACUAUCAGGGUUGGCCGCCACAAUAUACGACUCGCAAAUCAUGACAAGGACACUCGACAGGCUCUGGGAGUCUCUGCAUCUCAACCACAUCGGCCAUGCUUCUCCUACGACCAGGAAGACUUCACAAACUGGUCGGCGAACAAGAGGUCGGCUGAGCUCCGACAGAGGAAACCCGAAACGAAAGCCUCACAAGUCACAGUGCUUGGUCAUGUAG